AUGGACGACAGCAAGGACGACAGCAAGGACGACAUCAAGGACGACAGCAAGGACUCACAAUACGGUUUGUUAUUGUCGAAGCUGCCAGAAACAAUCACAGACGUAUCUGUGUAUGAGGACAACAACGAGUCCUACGCCCAGAGGAUUGCCGGUGUUGACCGCCUUCUUCGUGUCCCCAACGCUUCCCUCGGAAAAGAGCUUGCUGAGGCAAGCCAAAAACUCACAAAAUUAUCCGUCGCAUUCAUGGUCGAAGCUGGAGACUUUUUUGAUGAGUGCUGCGGAAAAGAGGGCUUCCGAUGGCCACAUCUGGAGUCUCUUACACUGACAUCGCGGCUACUCGCGCGCGACGAUAACAAGGCGAUAUUGGAUAUGCUGAAGAAGGCCGCAAGGGUUGCUGAACGCAUGAUUAACCUCAAAACUAUGGCGAUAUGGUUUGGCACCGAAAAUAAAGCUUCUUGUUUCGCAUACCACCUACGCAGCGGACACAGUCGCAUUACCUGGCAAGGCACUAAGUCAUUGGUAGAUGAUACCAAGCUGAUUCAGCUCUGGACAAUUGUAGCCUGGAAACAAGAUGCCUCUUUCGACGGUUUCGUGCAGGAGGGUUUGUCGGACAUAGGUUGGAAACUUAAUAGUACAUACUUUGCGGGCUUAGAAGGGCAGUUGAACUCAGCUCAGGAGCUCAAAUCUCAUGGGCAUGCGGCGUUCCUCUUUGGGGAUACCUUGCCCGCCGAUGUCAUUGACCCGCUUUCUCUGUGGCAGAUGCAGCAGGAAGCUCGCGUGUUGUGA